UGCUCUUUUCUCACGGGGCUAGAAAAGCGGCCCCAAACUCCCAAAAAAUUUUGAAAGUGUAAAAGGAGCCGGAUAAUGCCAAACUAGCCGAGAGAGGACCUUCCAUCUCUCUUUCUCUAUCUCUCCCUCUCUCAGCCGAUUAGAGCGUUGGGGAACCCUAAAAAUUCGUUCUUCCGGUGCUCAGAAAGACGAGCUUCGAAUUAACAACUCACACUGUUUCUGGGGUUUCAAAGGCGGCAAAUGGGACAGGGAAAGCGACAGAGGGAUGAUAGCGUUCAUCCACACUCUUCCGCAAACAUAGAGCUUUCAGACAAACAAGAUGUCAGUGACGGCAAUGAUAUUAUCAGCAACUUGCCUGGAAAUGUUAUCCAUCACAUCCUCUCCUUCCUCUCCACCAAAGACGCCAUAAGAACUUCAAUAUUAUCUACUAAAUGGGAAUAUUUGUGGACCUCUAUUUCUGACAUUGAUUUGAAUGAUAAUUUGAAUGAUACGUUUCCUCAGACUACUAAAUGGGAAUAUAGGAAUUUCUUGGAUUUUGUAGACAGAGUUUUUCACUUUCACGAUGAGUCAGAUAUUAAAAGUCUUACUAUUGACUCGUCGGAGCCUGUGAACUCUUCUCGUGUUAAUUCAUGGAUCUCUGCUUCGAUGAGGCACAACAUUCAAGAGCUUACUCUGUCUCUAAGUUGGAAAGCACAGCCUGUAUUGCCUUGCCACCUUUUCACUUGCCAAUCUCUAGUGACAUUGAAAUUAUUUAUGAACUGGUCUUUGAAAGUACCAAGUCAGAUUCACUUCUCGAACCUUAAGACCUUGGAACUUUCAUAUGUUACAUUUUCAGAUGAUAACUCAACACAACAUCUUUUCUCUAGUUGCCCAGUGCUUCAGGAGUUGACUUUGGUGCACUGUGGAUGGAAGAAUCUAAAGACUAUAAUGAUUUGUAUUCCGACACUGAAGAGAUUGACUAUUGAGGAUGAAGCUAUAUGGGCUCGGGGUUUCCUCAGUUGUGUGACCAAAAUUUAUGCUGCAAAUCUUAUCCAUCUCCGUUGCAUUAGUUCCCUGGUAGUUGACUUCCGUCUAUAUGACCUAUCUUCAUUAGUUGAUGCAUCUAUUGGUUUAUGUGACGGUUCUUGGGCAGAAGACGGAACCCCUCAAGUGCUCGGGUUACUUUCUGGGGUUGUCAAUGUUAAGAAAUUGUCGAUUACAAGUGAUACGCUCCAGUACCUCACGCUGGUUGAAAAUCUCUCCGACCGUCUUCCAACAUUUUACAACAUGACCCAUUUGGAGCUGAAUUUAGAAUUUUAUGGUCUUUCCUUUGGAGUUCUCAUGGUCCUACUGGAAAAAUCACCAAAGCUAGAGUUUCUUAAUUUUGAGCAGGGCUUCUACGACCGUGACGAGGAUGGCUAUACAUUGGGAAGAGUACCUUCUUGUUUCACAUCUUCCCUCAAAACUGUUGGUAUUGCAUAUUUUGAUGAGGAUGAUGCAAAGAUGUGGUUUCUAAGGUUUUUGUUAAAAAAUGCAGCAGUUUUGGAAAGGUUGAUGUUGCGUUGUUACACACAAGAUCAGCAAAAGCUCAGCUGGCAAUUGAACAAGCUUCCCAAAGGCUCAAAAAGUUGUGUUAUUGAGUUACUCUCCCUCCGUUCCUAAAUGGCAGUGGCGGAUUUACAUGAAGACCAGUGGGGGCACAUACCACUCUACUUUCCAUAAUUACAGAUUGGCCUACAAUAUUUAGGAACUAUUCUAGUUUACCCCCUUUAGUUAUAUACUAUUAUAUGUCUCGUAUGUAAGUGUAAUGCCUCAUGUUCUCUUUCCCUUUAUGCAAGCACUGCCCUACAAAUUUGUUCCACGUAUUAAUGCAUAUGUUAUUUUUUAGCCA